AUGGUUAUGACAUGUUCUUCUUCUCGACCACAACACUUGCUGUUCUUCUCGUUCUUGUUCUUUUUCAUCCCUUUUCUCAGCUUAGCACAACUAAUCACCGUCAACAUAGACAGUUCUAUAUGGAACUUCCCUUCAAACACAGCAUGUUUAUCCAAACAAAGCAACUUCUCCGGAUCUUUAUUCUCCAACAACCUUAACCGUCUUGUCUCAUCAAUCCCUUCUCGCCAUUCAAACACCUACAACUUCUACCACUUCUCGGUCGGAGAUCAAGAACGAGUAGAAGCCACUGGACUCUGCAACAGAGUCCUCACACGAGUAGAUUGUCUCAACUGUAUCUCCCAAGCUGCAGUAAACCUAACCACCACAACUUACUGUCCAGCUCAUAGAGAAGCUUACGUACGUGCCACGAAAUGUAUGUUUCGUUACUCAGACAAACCGAUUCUAGGGAAACUCGAAACGAGUCCAGUCUUGGAGGCAGCAAAGCCUAAUGAUGCAGCGGGAGAUAAAGACGAGUUUAUUCGUUUGCAAAGCGAGUUACUUAACCGACUCAGACAAGAAGCUGCAGCAGGGGUGGAGUUAAGAGGAAGUAUGCUCAAGGAAAUGUGCACGCCAGAUUUGUCUGAGAGAGACUGCAACAAAUGUCUCAACUAUGGUUUUGGGAACGCGACCAAAGGGAGAUUAGGGCUCAGAUGGUUUUGUCCUAGCUGUAGCUUUCAGAUAGAGACUAACUUGAGAUUCUUCCUUAUCGAGAGCGAGUAUGAGUCUGAUCUACCAAGAAAACCAAGACCAGAACAGAGGAAGAGUUGUAGGAUACGGUGGUUUAACCAAACUGGACCCGAGGAUGAUAAACAGGAGAGGCCUUCAAUGAGGAAGAAGAGGAGAGGCUAA